AUGAGCACCGAAAUUUCCACCUCAAAUCCUCCUAUUUCGGAGAAAACCAUAUCCACACAGCGAACAUGCAAUGAUUCGAUGGAAUCUCACCAGUCUUCAGAUAGAUUACGUAAAGUUGCUGGAUAUAUUCCAAUUGCCGUAUGGCUUAUCUCAGUCACGUCACUCCUAGAACGCUUUGCGUACCAUAGUUUCCUUGGACCAUGGCAAAAUUACAUCCAGAAUUCUACAACUGAUCCACUACAUCCAGGUGCACUUGGUCUUGGACAAUCUACCGCUUCAAUUCUAGUCAACGUGUUCCUGUUACUGAGCUUUCUGACGCCUAUCGCAGCGGGCAUAGUGUCAGACAAUUAUCUAGGUCGCUUCCGUACUAUAAGUUUUUCUCUGUGCACAUACAUUCUCGGUGUUCUGAUAUUACUCGUAACAUCAAUACCAAGCUUGGUUGCUCGAGGCUCGGGUCUACCGGGGCUAAUCGUCGCUAUGGGUGUUAUUAGUUUUGGAUUAUCUGGAAUCAAGGCUGCUCUGCCUCCUUUUAUCGCUGAAGCCGAUCAGUGCGGCUCUGACAGCGGUAAAAUCACACAGCUAAAGUCAGGAGAGCGAGUUGUGAUCGAUAAGGAGCUCACCAGAGAACAUGCUUUCAACAUAUAUUACUGGUGUGUCAACGUUGGGGCACAAUCUCGUAUUCCAACGACUUUUAUUGAACAAGCUGUUGGAUUUUGGGCGUCCUAUUUGAUGGCACUCGGGUCCUUGUGCGUGGCGCUUGUUGUUUUUGAAUGUGGUAGACGAAAAUACGUGGAGUUUGAACAACCGGAAAAUGUGCUCCCUUCAGUUCGGCAGGCGGCCAUGAUUGCAGUUAAGAACGGUUUUCGCCUUGAAAACGCGAAACCAGAUAUUGUAAGGGAGCGAGACAACAAGACAGUGAGCUGGAAUGACACCUUUAUCAACGAGCUCAAGACUGGUCUGGUUGCAUGUCGAAGCUUCAUUCCAUUCAUAAUCUUCAUCCUUUGCCAGAACCAAAUGUAUACCAACACCAUCUCACAAGCGGCCUCAAUGGAAACCCACGGUAUUCCAAACGACUUACUUCCCAACAUAAACACCGUAACAAUAAUCGUUCUCAUGCCACUCUUCACCUAUUUGCUCUACCCGCUUCUCCGCCACUUCGGAAUUCCUCUCCAGCCAUUAGCCCGAAUGGCAGUCGGCUUUUUCAUCGAGGCCCUAGGAAUUGGAUACACCGCCGGAGUACAAGCUUGGAUAUACAAGUCUGGUCCAUGUUAUGAACACCCAAGAGCAUGUCCCGCGUCGAAAAACGGCUCGGUACCAAAUCAUGUCAAUAUCGCGGCUCAAAUCCCAAUAUACGUCUUUCAAGGCUUAAGCGAGACAUUUGCGUUCCCAGCCAGUUACGAGUACGCGUACACGCAAGCACCAGCAACAAUGAAAUCCAUGGUUCAAGCGGUCCUUUCUUUGGCGAGCGCGGCCGCGGCGAUCCCUGGACUGGCCCUGAGCCCAACGUAUAAAGAUCCAGAUCUGCUGGUUAUGUAUGCAUGUCUCUCUGGGGUCAUGUUUGCAACUUCAGUGCUUUUUGUGGUGUACUUUUGGAGUCCAAGAGAGAAAAAAUCGAAUCAGGGGGCCACAGACUGA